AUGGAAAGAGCAUCAGCUUAUGAAAAUGAUCUCAAUUUGAAGGCAACUGAAUUGAGAUUAGGGUUACCAGGCACAGAUGAAUCAUCUGAGAAACAAUCUUUAAGAAACAACAAGAGAUCUUCAGCAGAAAUGGAUAAUUCAUGUGAGAAGAACGAGCAAGAAAGUUCCCCGGCUCCAAAGGCACAAGUAGUUGGCUGGCCACCGGUUAGAUCGUACCGGAAAAAUGUCCUGCACCAGAGAAAUGAAUCAGAUUUGUCUGGGAUGUUUGUGAAAGUGAGCAUGGAUGGAGCUCCUUAUCUAAGGAAGAUUGAUCUCAAGGUUUACAAAAAAUACCCAGAUCUGCUCAAGGCCUUGGAGAACAUGUUCAAAUGCUCGAUCGGGGUGUAUUCAGAGAGAGAAGGGUACAAUGGAUCUGAAUUUGCACCAACUUAUGAAGACAAAGAUGGUGACUGGAUGCUGGUUGGGGAUGUUCCAUGGGAUAUGUUUAUUACUUCUUGCAAGAGGCUAAGGAUAAUGAAAGGGUCAGAAGCUAAAGGGUUGGCAUGUCUAUAG